AUGGCAGAGCGCGAGUGCGCUGCGAAACCUGCAAGUGACCCCAAAUUAGAUUGGCAGUCAGCUGGUGUCACUGUGUCAAUGUCGAUGGAAUGGCUCUGCAGCGCUGGUGCUUGUGUAAAUUCCGCAAGAAGCAGUCAACUGUCCCCUGAGACGGUGCUGGGACAUUGUAGUGAGACCCACGCGUUUGUGGAAAUUCGACAACCUGCCAGAGUGCCAGAUGUUCUGCCAAUUUUGCUUUCCUCUGGUUCAGUCUCUGCUUUCAACAAAAUUUGGUACCACUCGUGCAAAUCUGCGAGGAAACCAAUCCCAAAGAGCAUGGCACUCUGGAGUGGUGUGGGUCAGGUGGCAAGCAUGGCACAGCUUGCUGGGGUUGAUGCCUAUGGGCUCAUCUCCAUGAUUGUGGAGGCUGCAAAGACGGUUAAGAGGAACCGGGAGACCUGCCAGCUGCUGGCACGCCGUGCAAGGAUGAUUGGGGACCUUCUGCAGCAGCUUGAAAGGACACAACUGAUGCACCACAUGGAGACGAGGAACCCAGUGGAGCAGCUGGAGGAGACGCUUGCAUGCGCUGAUCGGCUUCGCGAGGUGCAGAAUGAGAUCACCUUCUACCUCCAACUUUUCCCCCUUGUCAGCUUUGUCGACAACACCCGUACAUGGGAGCGGCUUCUGAGCAGAGCUUGUCCUUUGUGUACAACGGGAAGCACAGAUGAGUUACAUGCAGCACACUAUGUUGAAAAUGGAGACAGGCUCAGAUCAGAGGCCCUCAAGGCAACUAAAUUCGAAAAUAUAGGAAGUCAUCCAACCCUAAAACCUGACGAAGAGAAAACGGAAGGCCAAGUCCUGAACAUUGGAGGAUUAGUAAAUCUCGUUGGUGGAGCAAAAGGAGCAGAGUUAUCAUAUUUUAGUUUCUCACAGAUUUUGGCUGCUACUGAAAACUUUUCAGAGAGAAAUUUGGUUGGACAUGGUGGAUUUGGUUAUGUUUACAAGGGCAAUCUCCUUAAUGGUCUUAAUGUUGCCAUUAAAAGAUUUGAUACAUCUUCAUUUCAAGGUCCACAUGAAUUCAGAACUGAGAUUGAUGCCAUUCUAAAUCUUCGACACAAGAACAUAAUUGAUCUGCUUGGGUAUUGUGUUCAAGGAGAAGAAAAAAUACUUGUUUAUGAAUAUAUGCCAAAUAAAUGCUUGGCACUAUCAUUGCUGGCAAAUGAAACAAAAAGGGAGUUGCUAAAUUGGUCCUUGCGUCUUCAAAUAAUCAAAGCGAUAGCAGAUGGUCUUGAUUUUCUACAUGGGCAUUCUCAUACGUGCAUUGUCCAUAGGGACAUAAAAGCAAGCAACAUCCUUGUGGAUCAUGAAAUGAAUGCUAAGAUUAGCGAUUUUGGUCUGGCAUUAAUGUUGGCUCCAAAUACGACUGCAAAUGUUGUUGUUCUGGGCACACAUGGCUAUGCAGAUCCUGAAUAUGUUGCUACUGGUAACAUCUCGGAGAAGGCAGACGUAUAUGGCUUUGGUAUAGUACUUAUUGAGAUAAUAAGUGGAAGGCUGAUCCGGUCUUAUACUAUGAAGGCAGAUGGCACUCCAGAGCUACCACUUCAUGAUUAUGAAAAAUGUACAUCUAGAUGA